AGCAGGAGAUUAGAGUACGUGCAUUUUGCUACAACAAAUUGUGUAAUUUUGCCAACUUUUGCGUAAUUAACCAAUCAAGAUAUUUAAUACAGGUAUUGCUUCAAAAUGGUUUUUAAAUGCCAGGAGGAUAGUUUUUUAAAACAGUUUACGACAAAAGUAGUAUCAUGUGAAUUUGGUUUACUUAAAUGGUGCCCACCCGGCUCAAACGAAACUAAAGAACUGCAAGGUUAUAAUGUUAUUUGUGAGGAUACUAUACUAUUUCCCGAGGGUGGUGGCCAGCCAUGUGAUUACGGCACUAUCAAUGAUUUACCCGUACGUAGUGUGAUUCGUAAAGGCAACGAUGCUGUUCACUUUAUAGAAUCUGAAACGGGCUUUGAAAAGGGUACUGUUGUUAAACAAUGCAUAGAUUGGGAUAGACGCCUUGACCACAUGCAGCAACAUUCAGGGCAACAUUUGAUUACAGAAUUAUUUGACAAAGAAUUUAAUUAUGAUACUACUUCGUGGUGGUUAGGAACUGAGACAUCCUAUAUAGAACUUAAUACCAAACAUUUAAUUAGCCGUGAGUCAUUGGAUUUAAUCGAGGAAAAGGCUAAUAACAUAAUAAGAGAGGGAAAGGAAGUUAACGUUGUGGUAUUGGAUCCUGAGACUUUAUUAGAGAUGGAUGGUGUAAGAGCUCCACGUGGUUUACCCAAAGAUUGGCAAGGUCCCGUACGUGUAAUAUGCAUCGAAGGUCAACGUAAUAACAUGUGUUGCGGUACCCAUGUUAGCAAUUUAUUUCAAUUGCAAGGCGUUAAACUAUUAUAUGCCGAGAAAAACAAGAACAGUGUUAUUGUUCACUUUGUAGUGGGACAACGUGUUCUAAAACGUUUAGGUGAAUCGUUCCAAAGAGAGCAACAACUUAAUUUGGUUUUAAAGGGUGGCCCUCAACAACAUUUGGAGCUAAUACAAAAAAUACAAAAUAAUGUGAAAGCCGUCAAAAAAUCGUUUCAAAAGCUCUUGAAAGAUUUCGCUACUGCAGAGGCUGAAAAAUUGAUAAAUAUGCCUAAACCAUUGCCGAAAUAUUACACUCUACAUCGCAGAGAUGGUGUAGAACCAGAUUUUAUCAACACUUUCCUAAGACAUGCUCCCGUAGAAAUAUCACUUUAUUUUGUUACUGUAUCCGAACCAGAUAUUGGUAGUCAACCUGGCAAGGGGCAUAUGGUGUUGCGAGGAGAUGCUGAGUUGGUGCAAAAUUUUGGACCCAAGUUUUUAACUAUCUUAGAUGGUAAAGGCAAUGGUAAGGAGGGAAAUUUCCAGGGCAAAAUAUGCGAUAUCGAUAAAAUACCAGAGUGUGAUGCCAUGUUAGAGGAAUACUUUAAAACCCACAAACCGAAGGUGGUUGAUAAGGAAGCUAUGCGUGAGAAAUUCAAGGGUGAAUUUAUUCACAACAAAAAAGGCAGCAAACUGAAUUAACUUUGCUGAAACGAAUUGCAAAUUAUUGCUGGUAGAAAUGUAUUGUUAAUUUGUUGAUAUAUUACUUUUAUUUCAUCUUCUACUAUAUAUAUUUAUAUUUAUCUUCUAUAUUUAUAUUAUUAUUUAUAUUAUUACUGGUAGAAAUAUUUUGUUAUUUCUUUUUGAUAUUAAAUAACUUUUAUUAAAUCUUCAA